AUUUAUUUUUUUUAAAUUUCCAACCUCCCCCCACCCAAAUAUAAACCCGUUUGGUCCGAAUCAAAUUGUUACAUCACAACACAUUCAUCUUUGUAGUCCUUGCCGUUCGGUAUGUUUUGGACCGGUUCGUGGAUUUCAAUUCGAAUGGUCUUCUGUUUUUGUCUGUGUGGCCGCUAGCGUGAAUUGAGACCGAGAGGUGACAAACGGAAUGUUCAGUGCUACGAGAAAGAAGUUUGUAGAGGGGGUCGAAAGUGACUACCCUGAUGAGGGCAUGUACUACAGCCAGCCGUUGCCGUUCUCACAUAGGUCGGACAAAGACUUAAGCGCUCGAUCACACGUCCCUAGUACAGCUCCCUUUGAACUUGAAAUGCUCUCGUCUCCCUCACCGUCGUCAUCAGGUCAACUGUCCCAGCUUGGUGCCAGUUUAUACGGCCCACAGAGUGCACUAGGCUUCUCGAUAAGGGGCAUGGGAAACAACACUCAGUUAAACCGCAGCUUAACGCAAGGCACCCAGCUACCGAGCCAUAUCACCCCCACCACGGGGGUGCCCACCAUGUCCCUCCAUACCCCGCCCUCGCCAAGCAGGGGGAUCCUGCCGAUGAACUCGAGGAACAUGCUGAACCACUCCCAGGUGGGCCAGGGCAUCGGGAUGGUCAGCAGCAGGACCAACAGCAUGGGCAGCUCAGGGCUGGGCAGCCCCAACCGCAACUCCCCCAGUAUCAUCUGUAUGCCCAAACAGCAGCCUGCACGGCAGCCCUUCACCAUCAACAGCAUGUCAGGAUUCGGGAUGAACCGGAACCAGGCGUUUGGGAUGAACAACUCGUUAUCAAGCAACAUCUUCAAUGGCACAGACGGUAGUGAAAACGUGACGGGGCUAGACCUGUCCGACUUCCCUGCUUUAGCAGACAGGAGCCGGAGGGAAGGAAGCGGAAACCCAACGCCGCUACUCAACCCACUAGCUGGAAGGGCCCCCUAUGAAGCCUCUUCUCUUCAUCUCAUGACCUCAUCAGUUGGCAUGGUGACGAAGCCAUCGAAUGAGCCGACGCAGGAUUUCUCCAUCCACAAUGAGGACUUCCCUGCACUGCCUGGUCCCAACUACAAGGACCCCACGUUGAGCAAUGAUGACAGCAAGACAAACCUAAACUCUACAGGCAAGAGCACAUCCAGUACAGAUGGGCCUAUGUUCCCCGGAGACAAGACGACCUCAGCACAGAACAACAACCAGAAGAAAGGGAUCCAGGUGUUACCUGACGGACGGGUGACGAACAUUCCCAGGGGAAUGGUGACGGACCAGUUUGGAAUGAUCGGCUUGCUGACAUUUAUUCGAGCGGCGGAGACGGACCCAGGCAUGGUGCACCUGGCGCUGGGAAGUGACCUCACAACAUUGGGACUCAACCUCAACUCUCCAGAAAACCUGUACCCCAAGUUUGCUUCCCCCUGGGCAUCAGCACCGUGUCGACCUCAAGACAUUGACUUCCACGUCCCGUCUGAGUACUUAACCAACAUUCACAUACGGGACAAGCUGGCAGCUAUUAAACUGGCUCGUUACGGUGAAGACCUGUUGUUCUAUCUGUACUACAUGAACGGAGGAGACCUGCUACAGCUCCUGGCAGCAGUAGAGCUCUUCAACCGGGACUGGCGGUACCACAAGGAGGAGCGGGUGUGGAUCACGCGGGCGCCGGGUAUGGAGCCCACACUAAAGACCAACACCUACGAGAGGGGAACCUACUACUUCUUUGAUUGUCUUAACUGGAGGAAGGUAGCCAAGGUAAAGGAGUUUCACCUGGAGUACGACAAGCUAGAAGAGAGGCCCCACGUCCCGUCUACCUUCAACUACAACCCAGCCCAGCAGGCCUUCUGAGGCCCAAGUACAGUAUAGUCCCAGGGGUACUGCUGUCCCUGCACCCCUCCCUCCCAGCCUGAGGAGGGUGCUGUGGCCCAGGCAUCCAUCCUGGUUUUUAUUCCUUGAGGAUCUGGUUAAAAUGACUGCAGAGGAGGUCCUCACCACUGCAUAAGGGUGGGAAAAACUGAGCCCUGCCUUUCCCAAAUUAUGUGCUGCCCAAACACCCACACUUGUUCUGUUUUUAUUCCUUUAAUGUCCUUGUUUUUUGAGGUGGGAGUUGAGCAGGGUCUGUGUUUUGUUUACCUCUGAAUCAGAAGACUGACUAUACCGGCACACUUUACAGUGACAAAACAAGGGUUAUGACACAUUUUUUCAUCAACAAAAAAGUGACAAAGGCGGGGAAGGCUAAACCAACAAGUACCAUCCCACACGUGAGAACGAAAGGGUCCGGAAGAAAUGCAAUGUUCGUUGUUGCACUAUUUAGUAAUAAAAGAACACAAAGAUUGUUUGUGCUUUUUUAUGUGAAAACACUCCCUCCUGUUUUGUUUUGUAAAGAUCAGCAGCCUGUCUCCUCUCUCUUUCCAUCUCUCCUCUUGUACAUUCCCUCUUUUCUCUUCAACCGGCCCCACAUAUUUCUUUCCUUUUGACGGGUAUUUUCUGUCUGGCUUCAAAAUAGACACAGAUCGGAUACUUUUUUAGUGAAUGUUCUCACAACCUGUGGACAACCCGUACAAGGGUUGUUAGAAUACCUACCCAGCUUCAUUGUUCCAGAGCAAGCAAAACACUUUCCAGUCUUUGUUACGAUUUUGUAAUAAACGUGUAAAAAAAAAAGUAUUUUUAUGUUUGAACAUCACAUGAAUACUGAUAUGUAUGUAUGAAUCUGUAUAUAUAUAUAUGUAUGUGUGUGUAUAUAUAUAUAUAUAUAUAUAUAUAUAUAUAUAUAUAUAUAUAUAUAUAUAUAUAUAUAUAUAUAUAUAAAAUGUAUGUAUAUGUAUGUGUGUGUAUAUAUAUAUAUUUUGGAGAAAAAAAAUUGCUCUGCCUUGUACCUUGUUUUUAGGAGGUCAGCGUGGAUGCAAUAUGUGGAUAAAAUAGGACAUUUCUGUAUCUGCUGGACAGGGCGUCGCACUCGGAGCCGUGAGCACUUACGACGAAGAAUUACAAAUAAAAAAGACAAACAAGGAAAUACCUGAUUCUUCUGAGCUAAAACAAGGAAAUCCACCCCCCAAACAAACCAACUAAUCAGUCCAAAGCAAGAGGACAGACGGACACAUUUCACUUAAAGCUGUUUAAACAGCAGCAUUUCAUAGGAAAUGGAAAAGUGAAUAAUUUUAAGAAUAAUGAAUACAGAUCAAUCUUGUAUUUUCUGAUGUUCAAAGCCUCUUUUCUUUGUAAUAAAGCGGAAAAGGCUUUCCUGAACUACAA